AUGAGCUAUUACAGCGGCUACUAUGGAGGCCUGGGCUUCGGCUAUGGCUGUGGAUGUAAUGGCAUCCGCAGACUGGGCUGUGGCUGUGGUUAUGGAGGCUACGGAUUUGGCUCUGGCUAUGGAGGCUACGGCUAUGGAGGCUGUGGCUGUGGAUGUAAUGGCAUCCGCAGACUGGGCUAUGGCUGUGGUUGUGGAGGCUACGGGUAUGGCUCUGGCUUUGGAAGCUAUGGAUAUGGCUGCUGUCGCCCUUCAUGUUAUGGAGGGUAUGGGUUUUCCAGCUUCUACUGA